AUGGAGCUGUAUUCUUUUAUUUUCGGAAUAUUUGUGGAGCUUAUUAUCCUGCCAGCAACGAAGCCGGAUAUUCCUGGAUGUCACUUCUUAGAAACUGUGAAUAUAUCGUCUUGGCUGAGGCUACAAAAUGGCUCAUAUCUAUACCAGGACAUCGAGGUUCCUGAAUACUUGACUGGCCAAUAUGACUACAUAACAACGGAGUUGAAUUAUAAUGAAACUGUGAAGAGCCACCUACGAGGAUGUGUCUGCCAACUUAAGCCAUGCAUAUGGAUCUGUUGUCGCUUUAAAGAUUGGGAUGAACCCAAUAGUAAAUGCACAGAUGGUUUGAUGGAGGAGUUGGCUAAAAUCAAUCCCUUCCUUAACGUGACACUCAUCAAUGGAUCUGUGGUAGAAACGAACUUGCUAAAAGAUUUUAUCGUGUUGAGAGAUCGACUUCGGUUUAAUGAUCUUUGGGGAGAUGAGAAGUACACAUUAUUCGCGAACGGCAGUAUACUGCUCAAUAGUUUGAACAUGUUUUACUUCAGGGGAUAUGACUGUCUCCAUCCAAAUCAGUUUACUUCAGGCAACACAGACUCCUUUGUUGCUGCCUUCCAUCAUGAAUUGUAUAAUGAGAGCUCCCUAUCACUGAAACCAGGACAGAAAGAGCUGUAUCUUCACUUAAAGAAGCUCCGGAAUCUGCACGGAAAGUGCUUCAUCUGUUACAUGACAGCUUCGUUUAUGCAUUUUUUCUUUCCAUUGCUGGAAGAAGGUCCAAUUCAUUUCCAGUUGUGCGUUUUACAAGGUUACACCAUGAUUUAUUUUAUCAUCGCCAAAUUCAGUUGGCUCUUGGCUUUGAGCCAUCAGUUGUGGAGAGGCUUUACAUCGGUCAAUCGAGUUGAGUCUGAAUAUAGCUUCGGGGCCUACAGCACCUUUGCCUGGGGAUCGGCAGCUAUCCUGACGGGAGUACCUUUCCUAAUCGAUCAGAUUUGGGAUAGCGAUCCCAACAAGGUGGAUUGGGUGUCCCAUAUUGGUUGGGAAAACUGUGAUUAUUUGGUUUUCGGAAACGGAGAAAAUGACAUCUGA